AUGAAAGAGAUCGAGGGCGGACAGAACGUGGGGCUGCUCGAGGGGUGGUGGUUCUGCCUGCGCGCAUCGAACGACACCCACGCGCUGGCGCUCGGCGGCAAGAAGAAGCUCACCAAGUUCCCCACCGAGGGCCUCAUAUCGUGUUUCCUCUCCUACGGACCACCAAACGUCACCUAUUCGCUGGAGGACAUCAGCUACGAUGUGCAGCAGUCACACUUCACUGCCCUCAAAGAGAAGAAGCGACAGAAGACCGGAAAGACGUACCACGUCGAUCGCAGCAGCUCGCCCACCUGCGAAACGGACCAGUUGGUGCUGCGCAUCGAGAACGGCAAGCUGAUGGCCGUGCGGCUGUUCGUGGAGCUCAAGGACCUGCCCGAGGCGUGGAGGAAUCGGGCCAAGGCCGAGGAGCGCUACCGCGAGACUCACGAGGUGCUCUUCCGCAAGCGCGAGGAAUCCAAGCGCGUGCGGUUCGACGACGAUCGCGUGAGCGUGCGCCUCUACCUGUGCAACGACCCGCCGGGCCAGCACCUCGCCGAAGAGAACACGCAGAUCGCCACCGAGGAGGAGAAAAACGGUCGACAGAAGCUCAAGGAGAAGGGCGAGGGCGUAAUGCUCAAGACCGUUCUCAAGACGAAGGUCAACGUUGAAGACGAAGAAGAGGGAAGCGAACGAGCCGACGCGGGAGCCGCAGCAGCGACGACGACGGCGACAACAGCGACAGCAGCCAAGCAGGCCGAGGGAGAGGGAGUGCAGCUGCAGCUGCAGCUACGGCCUGAGGAGGUGGCAACGAAAACGAUCCGUGAGCUCAGAGCGAUGCUCAAGGAGCGACGGCUGCUAACGGUCGGGAACAAGGAGACCCUCAUCAAGCGGCUGAUCGACGGACAGGCGGGGCAGCUGGCGUCGCCGCAGCGACCUUUGAAGGCCCAGGCGACGGCGGCGGCAGAAACGGCCAAGUCGAACAAGGCGGAAGUGAAGGAGAGGGCCAAGCCCAGCAACAAGCGAAAGCGAAAGAGCGAAGAGGAGGGAAAGGAGAGUAAGGGAGAGGACGGGGCGAACGAGGGAAGCAAGAAGACGAAGACGACGAGCAAGACGAAAACAAAGGAGAAGAAAGAGAAGAAAGAAAAGAAGAGGAGGAAGAAGAAAAAUGAAGCGGCCGGAUCCGAGAUGAAGCCAGCCGAACCAGCGGGAGGAAGCGAGGAGAAGGAGACAACGACCGAGAGCAGCCAAGAGGAGGCGACUACUCAACAACCGGGGAUAGCCGGCGAAGACGAAGGCGACGUUCGCCCGUCGUUGGUGUCGCUGAAGAUCGGCCAGUUGAAGGAGAAGUGCAGGGAGAUGAAGGUCAAGUGCACGGGGAAGAAGGACGAGCUGAUCGCGCGGAUCGCGAAUGCGCUGGCCGAGGCAAGGCCGAAGGCCGUCGUCGCAGGCGAGGAGCUGGCCAGCAAGAAGACCGCGGACAACAACGGCGAUGGAAGCGAGGCCAUGGGCGAUGAGGUGGCGGCCGUGCAGGAGAAGAAGAGCGAAGCGAAGGAGACGAAGAAGCGAAAGAGAACGAAGGAGAGCGAAACCCAAGGCAGUCCGGCGCGUCGAGGCAAGAAGCUGCUCGUGAGCACGAGCCAGACAGAGUCAGAUGGCGCGAGCGAGGAAGUGGAGGGCGGAGGGGAAGAACCGAGAGUCGAAGUGGGCGACGAGCAGAAGAACGAAGACGAGACGGAGGAGCGAAAAGCGACGAACGAAAGUGAAGAGAUGGCGACGACGACCGAAGGCCGAGCCCGAGGCUCGGAGGAGGAGACAAAACAAGCCGAACUGAAGAAGAUGAAGGUGCCGGAGCUCAAGAACCUAUUGAAGGAACACAAGCUCAAGAUCAGCGGCAGCAAGGAGGAAGUCGUGGCUCGGCUCAUGGAUCACUUCUUCCCUCCUCCAUCGUCGUCUUCUUCGUCAUCUUCAACUACGAACGCAACCACGGCGUCUCCACGGGCAGCGUCGCGCAAGCGGAGAGCGACGCCAGAGGCCAGCGGAGCUGUCGACGGGGCGAAUGCCAAGGCCAAAGGACCCGAGGAGGCGGCGGGCACAACGCAGAAGCGGCGGAAGAUGGCAGACAAGACACCAGGUGCGAGCGCGGCAACCAAGGAAAAAGCGAAACGAGCGAAAAAGAACGAGGAAACAGAGGAGGGUGAGUCCGAGAGCGAGGAGCAGAAGGAGGCAGAAGAAGAGGAGGCGCCGCCACCCCAAUCGAAGACGUCGCCCCGCGGAUCGACCACCACGACAAUCGCCGCACGAGGAAGAGGCCGAGGCCGAGGUCGAGCAGCAGCGACGGCCGCAUCAAGCGUCGUCGCCGGUCGCGAGAAGCCGAGGAGUGAGAAGCAGUACCACGACCGCGACAGCGGCGGCGGCGCAGGGGGUACCGGGCAGUCCCGCCACGGGCGUCGGAGGGAUGCGGAGGAGGGUUGGUCUCUCCCGCUUGGCGCGAGCGCGUCCCCUCCAUCCACCCCAAGCCGACAGACGAGCGAGCAACUGAUCGAACUGGAACCACGCGACCAUGUACACAUCAUCACCACCGCGUCGCCAACAAUGCCACACGACACGAAGCUCGUUCCUCUUCUUCAUCACAUGCUGAUCUGCGGAAAAGAACGAAAGCGACAGCAGAGCGAAGGAAGUCCUGCUUUAUGUUGA